CUCUCCUUUAUAAAUCCACCCCGUGGCAGGCAUGAUCUGCAGUUCAAACCAAAGCAAGUGGUAGCUCUCCCACUCCCAACUCCCUCUCUGCUCUCUCUCGCGCGCACUCACGUCAACAUGGUCAAGGAAGGCACCACCGGCGGCGGCGCGGUGACUAUCACGGCCGUUACGACGGUGGCGCCGGCGCUGCCGGUGCAGGAGCACCGCCUGCCGCUGUCGAACCUGGACCUCAUCCUGCCGCCCAUCGACGUCGGCGUCUUCUUCUGCUACGCGGCCCCCGGCGGCGUCGCCGCCGCGGUCCUCAAGGCGGCGCUGGCCAAGACGCUGGUGGCGUACUACCCGCUGGCCGGGGAGGUGGUGGCCAACGCGGCGGGCGAGCCGGAGCUGCUGUGCAGCGGCCGCGGGGUGGACGUCGCGGAGGCCAGCGCCGAUGGCGGCGCCGUGAUGCGGGACCUACGGCUGGGCCGCCCCGACGAGAGCGUCGAGCAGCUCGUGCCCAAGAAGAAGGCCGGCGUCAUGUCCGUGCAGGUGACAAAGUUCAGGUGCGGCGGCGCCGUCGUCGGCUGCACUUUCGACCACCGCGUCUGCGACGCCUACUCCUUCAACAUGUUCCUCGUCGCGUGGGCCGCGGCCGCCCGUACUGGAAGCCCCGCGCCGCCGGCCCCGUCCUUCCGCCGCUCGUUCCUCGCGCCUAGUAAUCCAGCGCCACCGUGCGCCGGCACCCUCGCAGACCGCCUCUUCGUCCCCAUCAGCCGCGCGCCGGCCCCGCCGGACGCCGCCGCCGCCAACCGCAUCUACCGCGUGGCCGCCGCCGACGUGGCGGCGCUGCAGGCCGCGGCGGGUCCCGGGCGCACGAAGCUGGAGGCGUUCACGGCGCACCUGUGGCGGCUGCACGCCCUGGCGGCCUCCCGGCGCGGGAUCGGCUCGUGCUGCAUGGGCGUGGUCGUGGACGGGCGCGCCCGCCUCCGCGGCGACGGCGCCAUGCGGGGCUACUUCGGAAACGUGCUGACCAUCCCCUACGGCGUCCUGAGCGCCGGCGCCCUGCGCGGCGCGGCGCUCGCGGACGUGGCGCGCGACGUGCACCGGUGGGUGGCGGAGGCGGCGACGGGGGACCACUUCCGCGAGCUGGUGGACUGGGUGGAGGCGCGGCGGCCCGAGGCGACGGUGGCGAGGGCGUACCUGGGCCGCGGCGAGGGCGGCGAGGGCGCGACGGCCUGCGUGGUGUCGUCCGGGACGCGGCUCCCCCUGGGGGAGGUGGACUUCGGGUGGGGCCGGCCGGCGUUCGCGUCGUACCACUUCCCCUGGCAGGGGGGCGCCGGGUACGUGAUGCCGAUGCCGAGCGCGCGCGGGGACGGCGACUGGGUGGUGUACGUGCACGCGGCGCCGGAGGUGGUGGAGGCGAUGGAGGAGGAGCCGACGGUGUUCAGGGCGCUGGACAGCGGCUACAUGUUCGGGUGAAGCGCCUGGCCGCCGGCGCCGGCUGGGAAGAUGUCGGAAGAACGAGGUGGCGCCAUCGUGACACCGUGCGUGUGUGUCUAGUUCGUGUUAUUACGUUGCUGUAGGGCUCCGUCCAUCAGUGUGCGUGUGUGCUGUAUGUGACUAUGCCGUUGUGACUAACUAAUACUCCAAUUUGGCAAUAAGCGUGGUAUAUAUUUGUAUCACAUUACCUGAUCAAUGGGAGCACCUUGCCUUGUGUCGGGUGAUUAU